CGGAAGUAACGAUGCCGAAUAAGCGAAUGGGUCAAAAACUUGGACGGGAGACUAUUCUGCAGUGUUCAAUAUAUGCUCAUCCCCAGGGUCUAACCUUCUGGAAGCGGAAUGGUUUAGAAAUAAGCAAUGAUGAAAAAUUCAAUACAGAAGCCUAUGCGGAUCUUGAAAACAGGAUUGUGACAUUAAGUUUGAGAAUCAAAGAAAUCGAAAAAGAAGAUUUUGGGUCCUAUACUUGCGAAGGAAGUAACUAUCUCGGAUCUGAUGAAGAAGAAAUGGUUUUGUAUGAAUUAGAGCCAGUGAUAAUAACAAGACCGACGACGACCACAACGCGUGAACCACCUUACGCCGUUGUACCAGAUCAUGGUUACGACGAGUCGAGUUUCUACGGGGAACACCACAGGAAAACAACCACAUCAACGGCCAUGUAUCCAUUAUUCCCACCGAUGGUGGAACCAGACAAAGGAAGAGGUAACGAGGAAAAGGCUCUUGUCCUUGGCCAGUCCAGCUGUUCUACAACGUUGUCAGUCAUUUUGGAAGCCCUUAGCGGACCCUUGAUAUUAACUCUAUACCACUUGACGAGAUCAUGAUAUGUGUGUAUUUCGUGAAAGUCUUACAGUAGCUUCACUUCUGUCCUGCCUACAAACGUAUUCUUUGCUUCUACCGCAGACAAUGGAUGGUAAUUAGCAUUUGUAUUAUACAUCAUCGGCCCUAAUCCAAGUUUAUACAUCCAUCUGCGGUGAGCACGUGACACAUGAUAUCUAGGGAUCUUCGAAUGAUUGACAGAAACAUACUUCUUCUGUAUAUAGCACAUCUGGUGAAAAGGGGCAGAAUUAUAUCUUAAGGAAUAUUUAGUUUCCUGUUAGUAUGAAAUAAAUGUUUGACAUAUAUCAGCCUUUCAAAGCAGCGCUUCUGGCAGGAAGACAAUACCAUAUCUAUACGAAGAAACUGCUUACUCUAUUGAUAGAACUACAAAUGACUGAUUUACAGGUGUUGAAAUGAAUGUUGGCUGUGUGGUAUCGUCUAGUGGUAUAGGUAAAGAAGAUCCAUCUUGACAUGUGCAAUGCCAAUUGGACGUCGUGACGGAAGUCCAAUAUUUGUGUAGACUCUAUAUCUAUAGAAGUGUUGACUUUGAGAACCCGGGACUCAUCUUAGAGGGCAUACACAUUCAUAAUUACAAUGUGUCUGUUGACUUAUGUGUAUCAACACCAAAUGAAUCGUGUGUUACUCAGAACGAUGAUGAGGCCCGUGUAUGUUUUCUUGACUUGUUGUUUGAGAUGAACUUGCUGUUAUGUUAUAUGUGUCAAUGACCACAAUUCUGCCUGAUGACAUGAUUUUUAUCGAUGCACAUUUUUCAUCAACCAUUCACUUGAACGCUCUCCAUACAAUCAUCAGAGACAUCAUUAAACAAAAAUGUAUUACACGCUAAAAAUGUAGUGUCAGUAUUUAUAUACUCAACAACAAAAGUAUCUUUGGAGGACGCAAGGGUUAUUGUGUUUAUUUCGAAUCAAAAAAGGAUCUGCGACAUUUACUGCGGUUAUUUCUUUUGUAUUUUAAAUUAGAAAUUUGAGUGUUCUUUACAAAAGCUGGAGGAGGUAUAUCAGUUACAAGGCCGACAGUGGUGGCAGAACCUUUUACCUUCUUUUUGACCAAUUAAAGUAUUUUAUCAGCAA